CUCCAAAUCCUAGCCCGGGCUGUCAACACCAUUUCCUCAUCCACAAGACAUCAAUUAGACAACAUCACCCACGCACAACCUUCCAUCCCCAUCCACCCCAUCCGCUCUUGAACCGCAAUCGUAAGUGAUCCCACUGUCUCCCCCAGCUGCCUGUUGCUGCAUCGCCCGCCUCAGCGCGCCUCUUGCUGGCUAUCUCAGGCCCCCUCUUCCUGUCUCGAUUCUGCAUCAGGCACUCGAUCACUCCCGCGGCGCGGCAAAAAAUUCCUUUACCUGCCCAAAAUAUCCUCACAGUCUGCACUUGAGCGCCGAUUCUGACUUGCCGCAACUGCAGGUUCGAGAGCUCUCUCCACACCGCCUCUCACGCACCCACUGGGCUUGGUCACUUCCGCAUCUCACUGCACAACCACCGCCCGCCACAACCAUGGGUCUUACAUUCUCGAAACUGUUCGAUAAGCUAUGGGGAAAGAAGGAGAUGCGAAUCUUGAUGGUCGGCUUGGACGCUGCAGGAAAGACCACGAUUCUGUAUAAGCUUAAGUUGGGCGAGAUCGUGACCACCAUCCCCACCAUCGGCUUCAACGUUGAGACGGUUGAGUACAAGAACAUCCAAUUCACUGUGUGGGAUGUCGGAGGCCAGGACAAGAUCCGACCUCUCUGGAGGCAUUACUUCCAAAACACGCAGGGCAUCAUCUUCGUCGUUGACAGCAACGAUCGUGAUCGUGUCGUCGAGGCUCGUGAGGAGCUUCAGCGGAUGUUGAACGAGGACGAGUUGCGGGAUGCUCUUCUGUUGGUGUUUGCCAACAAGCAGGAUUUGCCUAACGCCAUGAACGCUGCCGAAAUCACCGACAAACUUGGCCUCCACAGCCUCCGAAACCGCGCUUGGUACAUCCAAUCUACUUGCGCCACCUCUGGAGACGGUCUGUACGAAGGUCUUGAAUGGCUGAGCAACUCGCUCCGCAAGGCCGGCCACAACUAAAUGCGGUUGACUCGCUGCCCACAUCUAUCGUCUAAGUUAAGUCAAGCCAAGCCAAAACCCAGAUCGAUCAAACCCUCCUUCCAACCUCCUCUCCACCGUUUAAUACACGGGACUAUCUACAACGGUGCGUGCGUGCUGUGUGCGUAUGUGUGUGGUAUGUGUGCGUGCGUGCGUGUGUGUGUGUUUUUUUAAAUGCAGAUGGCAGUAGGGAUGGAGCGGGUGGGAC